AUGCUAGCACCUGAUAGCCGAUUUCGCUUCUUUCUCUCAGAAGACUGGGAUCAUGAGUGGCGGGUAAGGUACCGAAGAUCAUUCCAGACAGCAUUAUCUCCAUACCAGACCCGUCUCUUAGAUAACCAAUCUACUCCUGAUCCUCAGACUCAGCCUACAUCUACUUCACGGCUAAGUAAGAUGUUGAGUGGUAAUCAAAGAGCCACAAAGCCUACAGACGACGAAGUAAGCCAGUAUCUAGACGGUGAUCUAAUUGAGAUUGAGCCACUACAAUACUGGCGUGAGAAUCAAUCCCGUUUUCCUGCGAUCGUACAGCUUGCUCGAGAUAUACUCUCUAUUCCAGCAACCGGUGCAGGUGUUGAACGGCUUUUUAAUACUGCGCGUGAUAUCUGUCAUUACCGACGUGGCCGUAUGAACUCUGAAACAAUUGAGGAACAUAUGUUGUUUCUUUGUUCGACACGAUUUAAUCUUAAAGAAGCAGAGACAAAGGAGCUAGAGCAGUACUUUUCCCUACAGGAGAAUGAGGCAGUCCGAGAACUCAAUAUGGAGUAUCCAGAGGAGGUUGAGGUUGAGAUGGAUGGUAUUAGUGAUUAUGAGGAGGAAGAUAUAGUAGAUCCUAAGGGAGAGAGAGGAAAUACCUAG